AUGACUGAUGCAAAAGUCUUGGCGCAAAUGUCGAGCACUGCCGUACAACAACGAUGCAUGAGAUAUCGUAAACAUAAUUCAACAAAUUAUUUACCAAAAACUGGUCGUCCAAAGAAAAUUUCUGAUCAAGAACUCAAAACAUUGGUUCGACUAGUUGACAAUAUGGUGGGAGUGAGUCAACGUCGUCUUGGUCGUCGAUUUGAACUGAAUCAAUUGAUAGUUAGUCCGAAUUUGAGAAAACGAACAUCAGUUCCAGUUUAUAAACGAAGAUCAGCACCGAAAUACAUAAGUGAUUAUUAA